AUGACCAUCUUCCUGAGCGACAUGGCCGAAGGCGACCCGGCCCUCGUGACACAUCCCCGGGACCGCUACUACCCGAAGGCGGCGGCCGCGCGGCUGGCCCACCCCCAGGCCGAUGACUUGGUGGUGGCCCUGGGAUCGCAAGUGUGGCUGGUGCCCGGGCCAUUGGUCCCGGCCGGCCAGCCAUCCGGACACGAAAGCACCAGUCUCGGGGCUCAGCCGCUGGUGCCGAGGCACCGGUCGGUGACCGGCGUCUGGCAAUCGGUGGCCUUUGGCGACUUCGACCAGGAUGGCCGAUUGGACAUGGCCCUGGCACAUUCCAGCUCCGGCGGCAAUGUCCUGCUGCUGGGGCAGGUGGAUGCCACACCGCGGUGCCUUUGCGGCCCGGCGGGCGUUUGCAAUGCCAACCCGGAGGACCCCUACCAGGAGCCGACAUGCGAAUGUGAGGACCCGAAAGCCGACCUGGACUUCCCCCUGGCCCGGGGCGAACGGGUGGCCAGGUAG